UGGUGAUCCCGUACGAAUAUCGCGGACGCGUAUAAAUAUCGCGGAGCGAUCGGACCGAUAGAGAUCGAGGAGAAACGAGACGACGAGAUAAAUAAAACGCCGGUCCUAGGGAACUGUGAGGAGGAGGUUCUCCUCGCAGCUGCACGACACUCCGGGGCCGUUCUGCGUUUGGGUAGAGAUCUGGCCGCUCUGGGUCUGCCUGGGUGCGAGACGGCCGAUAUAGAACACGAAACGGCGGCGGAGGCGUAAGAAUCGGCCGCGGGACCUCCGGAGGCUGUAGUCGAGGCCGGUACGUGGUGAUAGAGCCGGGAUCGCGGCGUUGGCGCAGAGCGCGAGAGCGGCGGGGCUAACGGGGUGUGUUCUCUUCUCUUCGGAGGAGGCGAGGAGGCGAGGAAGGCGAAUACCGAGACGAAGCGAAGCUACGAUACAGCCGCAAGCUGCGAGGAGCCGCGAAGCCCUUUCGAACGAGGCAAGAUGCGGAUUGCGCCUCGCUAGUCUUGGACCGUUCUUUAGUUUCGAGUUUCGUUUCACCGUAAACCCGCUCCAACGCAUCCCGACGAGAGAAAAAAUACAAUACCUGACUACUGCAUCUGACGGCAGGGCUCAGCGAUGCCACCGUCCCCGCUGCCCUCCGAUACCGUUGCCGUACCCUCCAGGUACGCAUCGACGCGGUUCACGAUCUUCGCCACAGCUUUCAUCGUCCUUCUUGCUAAUCACCUGACACCCACCGACGCCGUGGUCUGCGAAGACUCAGCGACGCAAAAAUGCAACUGCACCGGGAUUAAGGGAGACCUCGGCGCACCAGGAAUCCCAGGAUUCGUAGGGCUCGAGGGACCACCAGGGGACACAGGAGUCGAAGGACCACCGGGUCCCAAGGGGGAGAAGGGAGCCGAGGGCGAGUACGGAAGCACUGGUGAAAAGGGAAACCGGGGCGACAAUGGACUACCAGGAUUUAUCGGUAUCUCUGGAAUCUCUGGACAGCCCGGUGCUCCAGGUGUGAGGGGUCCGGAUGGUCUCGACGGAUGCAAUGGAACUGACGGAAUAGCCGGAGCUCCCGGCAGGUCGGGUAUACAGGGUUUACCAGGUGAGCCAGGUCCUAUCGGGAACCAAGGAUUUCCCGGAGAACCUGGCGAUGGUGGAAUUAAUUCAGUCGGAGUAAAGGGGGAACGAGGAACUCCUGGAUACGACGGAAGUCAGGGACAUCCAGGAUUUCAAGGUCUUCCUGGAGGUUUAGGAGCCCCAGGAGAGACCGGAGACACUGGAUACAUGGGAGAGCCUGGACUUCCGGGACUUCAGGGUGAUCGUGGAGAAGACCGUUGGGGGGUUAAGGGUACCCAGGGAGAAACAGGUGACACCGGUGAGCAAGGUGAACCAGAUAAUCAACUGAUCAGCCCUGGGACCGACGUAUUACAGCCAGGUGUUACCGGAGCGACCGGUGCUAAAGGGGAUCGUGGAGAUCGUGGACCGAAGGGAGUGCUUGGUUGGAAAGGACACGUUGGUCGACCUGGAAUCAUAGGUCUAAAAGGAUUGAAAGGUCAUCGAGGUUAUCAAGGCUCGAGAGGAAAGCAGGGGAUCGUGGGCACGCCAGGACAGCCUGGGGAGAAAGGUUCAAAGGGCGCACCUGGAUUCGAGGGUAGACCUGGAACUGAUGGCUCCAAAGGUGAACAAGGUGAACUUGGUAACGCUGGUCCUCCAGGAAAACAGGGUCCCGAAGGACCCCGUGGACUUUACAUCCCAGAUCUGGACGAAAUAAUUAAGGGAAGCGUUGGAAAACCAGGAGAAACCGGUCCGCCUGGUCGGAAGGGAGAUCCAGGAUUAUUCGGGUCGCCCGGAAAUGUCGGAUACAUCGGGUUGCCAGGUCCACCAGGACCUCCAGGUCCGCCUGGUCUGCCUGGACCAAAGGGUAAAUCUGUCAGAGGAGACCCUGGUGAUGACGGAGCUCCGGGAGUAAAGGGAAAUAUCGGACCGAACGGUUUUCCUGGACCUCAAGGAAUAAUGGGAGCAAAAGGCUUUCAAGGUGAGACGAUCGUCGGCCCGCCCGGUGAGCCUGGAUCACCUGGCAUAGAUGGAUAUUGGGGAUUCGCUGGUGAUCGCGGUGAAGAUGGUGCUGAAGGACCGAAGGGAUCCCCUGGAAGAGGUGUGCCUAUAAAAGGACCUCAGGGAGAAGUUGGACCACCAGGACCACCUGGUCCCCCAGGAGUGGACGGUCGACCAGGCCCCACAGGAUUAAUGGGACAGAAAGGAUUGCGAGGAGAUGAUUGUGGCAUCUGCAAACCAGGUAUCCCUGGCGCAAAAGGUGAACGAGGAGAGUCGGGCACGGAUGCUUUCCAAGGCCCACCAGGACCUCCCGGUUUACCUGGACCUCGAGGAUACGACGGACCUGCAGGUCGUCCUGGUCCGAUGGGACCAAAGGGACUCCGGGGUAUGCCUGGUCGUUCUGGGCUCGCAGGUAUCCAAGGACCAAAGGGGGAAAAGGGAAAAAUAAUUUGGCCGGCCGAAUCUUUAAUGAGAAGCCCGCCUGGCGAACCAGGAUUCAAAGGUUUCCGUGGUGAGGAAGGUCCUCCAGGGACACGGGGCUAUCCCGGUUUCCCAGGUGACUAUGGGCCGACCGGAUUUAAAGGAGAUAAGGGUGACUACGGUGAUGCAGGAAUACCGGGGCGGAACGGUGUGAACGGUCGGGAUGGUUUACCGGGUGCCAAAGGUGACGAUGUGCUAAUUCCGAAAGAAUAUCUCGUGGGUGAUCCGGGACUUCCCGGAGAGCCCGGUAUACCAGGAGAUCAAGGAAACAUGGGAGUUCGAGGACCGCCGGGAUUGUCGGACCCUCGCCAAAUCACAGAUAGACUCAGAGGAGAUCGCGGUCCGAAAGGAAUGCCUGGCGAUGCAGGUCAAGACGGGUUGACCGGCUUGCGCGGGUUACCUGGUGAUGAAGGGCCAAUUGGACCUCGGGGGAAUAGAGGCCCAACCGGUAGCACAAAGCCAGGUCCCCCUGGAUUCAAAGGAUAUACUGGAAUACCUGGUGAUCCGGGUCCCCAAGGCCUCUCUGGACAACCAGGACGUGAAGGAUUGCCAGGUCUACCUGGUCCCCUCGCGCAAAAAGGAGACCAUGGUGCACCUGGUUUAACCAUUUACUACGGCGAAGUAGGAGAAAUGGGACCAACCGGACAAAAAGGAGACUAUGGCGAUGCUGGUUUCGAUGGUCUUCCCGGAAGAAGUGGUGAGCCAGGUGUCAAAGGUUUCAAGGGUACGAAAGGUGCUCCCGGAUUAGAGGGUCGCCUUGGUCUUCAGGGACCCAAAGGUCAAACCGGAUCCAGUAUUCAAGGAUAUCGCGGUGCACCUGGCGCUCCUGGCCGCCCUGGCAAUCGCGGGAUUUACGGCAAUAAAGGAGCCAGAGGAGAGGCUGGUCAGCCUGGAUUCGACGGUAUGAAAGGUCUGAAAGGAGAGAUUGGAUUUACCGGAUUCCGAGGACAGAUAGGCGACUACGGUCCACAGGGUUACACGGGUAUGAGUGGUCCUAGGGGACAACCUGGUCUACCCGGAAAAAUUGGAGAUGAUGGACCGAACGGUAUACCUGGAAUGCCGGGUUUGGAUGGCCGACCGGGAAUAGUCGGAGUGAACGGACUGAAAGGGGAACGUGGAAUUACUGGUCCACCAGGAUUAGAUGGACUACAAGGCCCCCCUGGACCAAAGGGUGACUUGGGAGAUUUCGGUGAACCCGGGCAAGAUGGUCCACCCGGGGAAUCAUCUUUCAGCGGCCCGCAGGGCGAUGUCGGAGAUGCUGCUGCGCCUGGCGAUGUUGGUUUGCCAGGGCUUCCAGGUAUAGAUGGGCGUCUAGGGCUGCCCGGUGAGCCUGGCCAAUCGUUGGACGGUUUCAAAGGUAUCCAAGGAUCGCCGGGUGAUGACGGCUUCGACGGACUCAACGGAAUAGACGGAAUCAAAGGUGAAAUGGGAGAUAUGGGUCCUGACGGUCCGAAAGGGGAGCAAGGAGAGAAAGGUUUUCGAGGUCGACCGGGGUCACCUGGCUACUAUGGAAGACCAGGAUUGAAGGGGAAGACGGGCCGGAUUGGACCGGUGGGACCACCCGGCCCGAAAGGAAUUCGUGGUAUAGAAGGAGAUCCAGGAGAGAUGGGACGCCCAGGAAUGCCAGGAAAUCCAGGUCCCAGAGGUUUACAGGGAUAUCCUGGUCCGAGGGGACGGAAGGGUGAAACUGGAGAUCCAGGAUUCGUUUCGUUCUCCGAAGCUGAAAAAGGUGAUGUCGGAGACACAGGAAUGAACGGUUUUAAUGGUCGUAAGGGUGAAAGGGGGGUAGAUGGUCUACCAGGAAGGCAAGGGCAGAAGGGGCAACUAGGAGACGCUGGAUUGCAAGGAAUGGCAGGGCAUGUCGGAUUCAGUGGCAGGAAGGGAAUUCAGGGAGAUCAAGGACCACAAGGACAACAAGGCCCACCUGGACAAUUUGCCGAAAGGGGCGAAAAAGGAACGCCAGGAAUCGAUGGCCUACCAGGAUUUCCCGGUAUCCCGGGACAAAAAGGAGCUCCUGGAGAAUAUGGAUCGGAUGGAUUCCUCGGUUUGAACGGAUUGCCAGGGCCCGUGAUUCAAGGAAUUAAGGGAGAAACGGGCGACCGAGGAUUCCCUGGGCGUAUGGGUAUUCCGGGAAAAAUCGGCAGACCAGGAGUGGUAGGCUAUCCGGGCGAAUUAGGACCAAAGGGAUACCGAGGAGAGCCUGGGUUCUCUGCAUUCAGUGCCAAAGGACAACCUGGAGAUAUCGGUUUGCCUGGAUUGACCGGUCGUGAUGGGGCGAAGGGUAUUCGUGGUGAACCGGGACUAAGUGGAUUCGAUGGCAUGAGAGGAAUUAAAGGAGAGAGAGGAGACGUAGGAGAUGUCGGAUUUGACGGAUCCCCGGGAGAACCAGGACCACAGGGAAGAAAAGGAGAUCGCGGGCUAUUCUUGUUUGGUCAACGCGUUUGGCCUGGGGUUCGAGGUGAUGCCGGAGUAGAAGGAUUACAAGGUUUGCGUGGAAGCCCAGGAAGCUACGGAGAUCCAGGUCCAGACGGCCUACCAGGGCUUCCCGGAGAGCCAGGAGAAACAGGUCUACCUGGCCUUGAGGGGCCUCGUGGAGCAUCUGGUGCCAUGGGUAAACCCGGACUUCCGGGUCUAGAAGGACUUCGAGGUUCCCCAGGACCACCGGGAGCAACUGGUGACGCAGCUCCAUCACCUCCGGGUCCCAGAAGCAGAGGUUUCUACUUCGCAAGACAUUCGCAGUCAAUGAUGAUUCCGGAAUGCCCAAGGAAUACAGUAAAAUUAUGGGACGGAUACUCCUUACUCCACAUACUAAGCAACGGGAGACCACACGGUCAAGAUCUAGGCUCAGCUGGAAGCUGCCUAAGGAAAUUCUCGACCCAGCCAUACUUGUUCUGUAACUUAAACAACAUUUGCGACUAUGCGAAUCAUAACGACUACAGUUACUGGCUAAGCACAUCUGAGGAAAUGCCAACUAUGAUGACGCCAAUCCAAGCUCCGGAAGUUAGAAGAUACAUAUCCAGAUGUUCAGUUUGCGAAGCACCGACUAGGAUGAUUGCAGUUCACAGUCAAUCGAUGUCAAUACCAACCUGUCCAAUUGGAUGGGAUGAGCUAUGGACCGGUUAUAGUUUCCUCAUGCACACCGAUGUUGGAGGACAUGGCGAUGGUCAAUCAUUGGUAUCACCUGGAUCCUGUCUUGAAGAAUACCGUGCUCGACCAUUUUUAGAGUGUCAAAGUAUCGGCAGGUGUAACUCUUACACAACAGCGUCUUCAUACUGGCUAGCCACAAUCGAGGAGCGUGAUAUGUUCAGGAAGCCACGACCAGAGACCCUCAAGACUGAUGUGACAUCCCGUAUAAGCAGGUGUGCAGUUUGCUUGCGUCAGUGGAUCAGCGAUGAAGGAAGGUCGAGUAGCUUCAGAUUGGACGUGGCUAGACGGCCGCCACCAAAUUUCACAAGGUAUGGCGAGUUAAUUCAAUCCCGACCACAAGUUGAGCCCAGUCCCUCAGACAGACCAAGAGAAUCCAGGGUACGUGGUAAUCCUCGGAGACGUUUGCCUUACGGUUAUCGCAGGAGAGGAAGAGUCAAUCGCCGUCGUCCAGUAGGUAAUCCAUAUAACAGGGUUUAAUUGAGUGAUUUUUAAGUGAAAAUAACCAAAAAUAAAAAAAUUAAAAAACCGCAUGAUGUAUGUAUAAAUAUGAAACAAAGUUGUAAGAAGGAAAUUACGAUACAAUACAAGCUUUGUGUAUAAUGUAUAAAAUAUAACAUCUGAAUUCUUUUUUCCCGUCAUAAACUUAAUUUAUACUAUUUGAAUUUAAAUGAUUUAUGCUCGUCCACUCGUAACCGAUCAUUUCUCUUUACAUAAAAUAUACUAUUAUUAUACGUAUAUGGAUACUUACGCAUGUGUCGUACUAGUAAAAAAUGCGACGAUAUUGUGCCAUAAAUGAUAUUGUUGAUCAAACUAUACCUGUAAUAAUAACGACUGCCAAAUACCCUGUUAGAGUGCCUGCGAAUUAUGAAUAACUAAAUUAAUAUACAUUAUUAUAUUAUAAUUUUGUUGAUGUAACUUCAAAGAUACAAUAAAGAUAUUUUAUAUCAUUAGUUAUAAUAAAGGAUUUGAAAUUUCA